AUGGCUAGUCUCAUAGCACUGGGAAUAGGUGGAUUGGUGAUAUAUGUCGCUGUCAAAAGCAUCUAUCGGUUAUAUUUCCACCCUCUCAGCAAGAUUCCCGGGCCAAAACUCGCCGCUAUCACAAGCGGAUAUGAAUUUUAUUUCAAUGUGAUCAAGGGAGGAAUGUUCAUAUGGGAGUUGGAGCGUUUACAUGAAAUAUAUGGGCCCAUUAUACGAAUUACCCCUCUUGAGGUACAUAUCAAGGACUCCAGCUAUUACGAUGAGAUAUACACCUCGACCAAGUUCAGACGCGAAAAGGCCGCUGACUUGGUCGCUCGAUUCGAUCUCAAGGAUACUGCAUUUGCCAGUAUCUCUCAAGAAGACCACCGGAGGCGUCGUGCACAUAUUGAGAAACACUUCUCCAAGCAGGCUGUCUGCAAUAUAGAGUAUUUGAUCUAUGAAAAUAUUGACAAACUGGACAAUCAUUUCAAGCGCGCCUUGGAAUUCCAUAAAGUCAUCAACCUCGAUGCUGGCUUUGCUGGACUAACUUCCGAUGUCAUUCACAAAUAUGCCUUUGGUUUCAACAGUGGGAAUCUUGACCAUGAUGACUUCAACUCCAGUGUGAGAGAUGGAAUCAACGCACUGUUCAAGAUCAGCCACGUCAUAUUCUUUUUCCCGGUCCUUCAAACCAUCAUCAACUCGUUUCCGUUGUGGCUGCUCGAAAAAUUUAACCCAUUUGCGUAUGCAUUAGUGAGCCAGAAGUUAGACCUUCUUCGUCGGACAGAGAAAUUCCUGCAAAGCGAGCCGUCAAAAUCGACAACCCCCUCCGUCAUGGAAGUUAUGUGUGGCCCCAGUAUGCCGCAGGAUAUGCGCGACGUUGUUCGUCUCAGCAAUGAGGGGUUUUCAUUGAUCAUCGGUGGCACCGAGACAACUGCCCGAUCACUAUCUAUUGCGGCCUUUUACCUCUUGCAGAAUAAAUCAAUCAAGACGAAGUUGCGAGAGGAACUGCGGACGGUGAUGCCCACUCCCGAGUCUCGACCAACAUGGAGGCAGCUUGAACAGUUGCCAUAUUUGUCUGCACUUGUUUGGGAGACAUUACGUGUGUCUACUGGAAUUGCAAGUCGAUCGCCUCGUGUCGCACCUGAUGAAACACUGGUCUACAAGAAUCAUAGUAUUCCUGCCGGAACUCCAGUUAGUGAGACCAACUAUUUCGUUCUUACUGACCCCGAAAUUUUCCCCGAUCCGCAUACCUUCGACCCAGAUCGAUGGCUACGUGCCGCUGCGAAAGGGGAGCGUCUGGAUAAAUAUAUGGUCAAUUUUUCCAAAGGCAGUCGGAUAUGUUUGGGAAUGAACCUGGCCUAUGCGGAACUGUUUCUUGUACUGGCGGCUUUCGUUCGUCGUUUUGACAUGGAAUUGUUUGAGACCAGCGAAAAAGACAUUGCUUUUGCGCGUGAUUUUGGGACCCCGUACCCCGAUCAGGGCAGUGCCCGCGUGCGAGUUAUGGUCACUAAGGUGAUCGAGGAGUGA